UGCCAGGUGUCGUAUCGUCGCUACGGCCACAACGAGGUCGACGAGCCGAAAUUCACGCAGCCGCUCAUGUACAAGCGCAUUGAGGACGUGCCACCGAUCCUGCAGCAGUACCAGCAGAAGCUGCUGCGCGAGCGAGUCAUCGCCGACGCCGACGUCGCCGUUGAAAGCGAAAAGUACGAGCGCAUACUGAAGGAAGGCUUUGAAGGCAAGGCCAAAAUGGAGGCUUCCAUUGCGACAUGGCUAGACUCCCCAUGGGCUGGUUUCUUCGCCGGCAAGGACCCGCUGACCAUGCCUGUGACCGCGGUCAGUGAGAGCGUGUUGCUGCACAUCGCCAACGAGUUCUCCCGCAUCCCGGAUGGCUUCAACGCCAACAGAGCACUGCAGCGUACCCUGCGUGAAAGAGCCACGAAGAUCAGCAACAGACUCGCUGACUGGGCCAUCGGCGAGGCACUUGCUUUUGGCUCACUGCUACUAGAGGGCGUGCAUGUGCGGCUGAGUGGUCAAGAUGUCGAGCGUGGCACCUUCAGUCACCGUCAUCACGUGCUGCAUGACCAGGAGGUGGACAACAAACUCUACAUUCCACUGAACCAGCUGUCGGAGAAGCAGGCACCCUACACGGUCUGCAACAGCUCGCUGUCCGAGUUUGGUGUCCUUGGGUUUGAGCUUGGCUACUCCCUCACCAACCCCAACGCUCUCGUCUGCUGGGAGGCACAGUUUGGAGAUUUUGCGAAUGGCGCGCAGUGCAUUAUCGACCAGUUUCUGUCCAGCGGUCAGGCAAAGUGGAUGCGCCAGAGCGCGCUAGUGUUGCUACUGCCACAUGGAUACGAGGGAAUGGGACCCGAGCAUUCCAGUGCAAGGUUGGAGCGAUUCCUGCAGAUGUGUAAUGAUGACCAGGACUACUUUCCCCCGCUCGUCAGCACGUUCGCGAUCCAGCAGCUGAACGACUGUAACUGGAUCGUCGCUAACUGCACAACGCCGGCCAGCCUGUUCCACGUGCUGCGGCGGCAUGUGCUGCUGCCGUUCCGCAAGCCCCUCGUACUCAUGACGCCGAAGAGUCUGCUUCGUCACCCGGACGCCUGCAGCCCCCUCGAAGACUUCACCGACGGGUCGCAGUUCGAGCGCGUCAUUGAGGAGAGCGGGGCGCCGGCAGACGCCCCCGAGCGCGUCAGAAGACACAUACUGUGCAGCGGGAAGGUCUACUAUGACCUGGCGAAGGAGAGACACGAGCGCGGGCUGGACGCGGAGAUUGCCAUCUCCCGGAUAGAGCAGGCGCGCGUCGAAAUCGCGUGCAGACCCAUCGGCGUGGACAGGGUGAGUCUUACUGCCAACUACGAUCUUCCCAGUCGAUAG